AUGAACGACUUGGUUGUCGUGCACGGGGAUUGCCUUCCCGCGCGCAAGGAGUACGUCCCGAUGGACUACACCUCGCGCCUCGGCCACCUUCAGGACAGCUUCAGCCACCGUGCGCCCUACGCGGAGCUCGACGAUGCCGACUACGACGUCACCAACAGCAGCUCGCCCAGCCUGUCGUACAGCGUCUCGACGCACGCCGAGUCCAUACCUUCGUCCAUCGGCCUUCGCGACCGCGACGGCAACGGCUACGGCUACGCCAACUCGGACUACGCCAGCGAGCUCGGCCAACAGACGCCGUACGAGGACGACUCGGACCUCGACAGCUUGCAACACGUCGCCUCCGCCGCCGCGCCCAGGACCAGGGUCAAGUUUAUGACACCCACCGCUGUGACGCGCGAAAGCUCGACGACGACCGGCCUCCGCCCGAUCGGGACCAAGCGGCGCGCGCAAAGACUGCGGCCGUCGACGGCACCCAUGGAGCCGGCACACGGCAAGAUGCUCCCAGACGUGCCCGUCCCCGAUACGACAGCAGCAAUGGCGGCUCUUGCCCUCGAUGGCGAGCAGCGCCUGGCCGGAAGCAGACGGCGCACCUGCUCCAAUGCCGCCGACACAUCGGCCCCGCAGCGGCGAGAAAGCCUGACGCUGGCUGUCGACAACUUUCCAUCGCCGCCGUCGCGAUCGACAGCCGCCGCCGACCUCCCGCCCGCUCAGAACGCCCCGCUCUCGGUGCUGGACGAGUUUGAUUGGCACGGUACAAGGGCCCCGACCGCCGCGUCGCAGUACCCGCCAUCAGCAUCCUCGCAGCACCACGCCGGCAUGCCCGGAACCAUUCGCAGCAAGGCCUCGAUCGCCACCCUGAUGCCGAGGCGCGACGAGAUCGCGAGCGUCGUCUCGAACGACGGCGACCACCCCUUUGCCUUUUCGCCGCCCAGUCUCUCGCACGAGCACGACGGCUUCGACGACGUGCGGUCCCAGCCAGACUCUGGGCGCCAUUCCUUGAACCACAGCGGCCCACCCUCGGUCCUCAGCCACAGCUCAAACUCGAGCCUGUCCAACGAGCUCGAGCCGCGCGAGCUGCUGCGACGCGCCAAGACGUCCAAGAUCACCUGCGGCCUCGACGAGGAGCUCGGCCAGGCGCCCACGCACUACGACGCCGAUGCCGCCGAGGCCGAAGUCAUCGACGACCUGCCCCCGCUGCUCUCGACCUACUACCUCGCAGAGCAGGGCCUCUCCAAGGAGCAGUUCGAGCGCCUCACGCGCAACCCCGAGAGGCUACGAGCAGCGCAGCUCGCCGCCGCGCGCGCCGAAAUGGAGCGCAAGGGCCGAUCGUUGCGCAGCAGCCGCCGCGGCGGCGACGACGAGGAACCCGUCAGCAUCCUCGCCGCCGAAGCAAAGUUCCUCGCCCAGGACCCGCACAAGUCCGGCGGCGGCGGCAAGAUCAGCUCCCUCCUCAAGAAGAAGUCGACCUCGUCGGCCAUGGCCUCGUCGUCAUCGUCGUCGUCGUCAUCGUCGAUGCGCGGGACCAGGCCGGAGCGGCUGCAGAGGAUCGAGAGCAGGAGCGAGGUGUCCCACCUGAGCUACCGCGACGGCAACGGCGGCAUCUACUCGCCCCCGCUCUCAAACCGCUCCGGCACUGCUUCCGUCGCCAGCAGCAGCUCCAGGGACCUCCGCAGCGGCGGGGCCACAGCCGGUGCCGCCCGCCUCAGCGAGCCUUCGUUGGCAUCUCACGGCAGUGCAGCCACGACACCUUCAAAAGGUCUCUCCAAGCUCUUCGGCAGGAAGAGGUAG